AUGAAUAGUAAUAAUAAUAAUGCAAUUGGUAAUAUAUCAACUCCAAAUUCGAAUGGUUCGAAUACACCAUCACCACAUCAACAACAGCAACAGCAACAGCAACAACAAAUGAUGAUGCAACAACAACAACAACAGAUGGAUAUGGGAAUGGGAAUGUUACAACAGAUGGAUGAAUCACAGAGAACAGUUAGAUUGUCAACGGUUAUACACAGACUUGUUGAACAAUCUUACAAUCGUCUAAUCGAACUGAGUGUUAAUCUCGUCAAUCAAUCCGAUCUCGACAAAAAGAAACAACUAUCCGAUUACUUUGAAGAGACACGUGAACGAUUCGUCAGACUACUAGUCAUAAUAAAGUGGUCGAAACAUCUAAACACUCUAAACAAAGCUAAUGAAAUAAUGGAAUUGCUGAAUCAACAAGAUAUAUAUUUAAGAGAUACAGCUGAUUUGCUGAUAAUGACAAAGGAGGGAAUGAUCAAUAGUAGAGCACCGCAACGUCAAACAGAAACUGAACAACAUCAUUGCGUACAAGCUGUUUCAGAGCGAUAUACCAAAGGCGUUUCAACAGCCGAUUGCCAUCGACAAUGGCAUUGCACAUAUAGUGGUGGCCGACGAGUACGAGGCGACACUCACCCUGGAGGGUGCCGACGAGUCGACGCCAUGGAUCAUUCGCGACCUCCAAAUCUACGUGCUGAAACAGCGCGAAACCGAAGCACCACUCAUCAAAGCGGCGAUUACUUUGUUAUCAAGUCGAAAUUGGAAUUGUUAACUUCACAAACUUAUAAUACAUUUACAAGAAAUCAAUUGUUACAACAACAGCAACUACAGCAACAACAGCAGCAGCAACAACAGCAGAACCAACAACAACAGCAACAACUGAUACAAAGCAGUACGAAUUCAAAUAUACGAGCGAUCUACGGUAGAGAUGCGUCUAUUACGAUAUUCUAUUGGAUACCCGAUGAUAUUAUAAUGACUGCGUCAUCGAAUCUCGAUCCAAACAUUCACACCAACAUAAAGAUCUAUCUACACGAUGAAUCCGAACUGAUAGUCAAUCAUACACCCAUCAUUAAACAUCCAACAACUGAAAACUAUUUAAGAAUAUUUAAAUUGAAUGUAGAAGAAAUACUGUUGAGGGCUAUCAAUUUACAUUCAUUUCAUAGAGCUAAUAUUCUGUUUCAACAUUUGAUCGAUUCUAAUCAAGAGUAUCAACAGUUUGCAGAGUUAAUAAGAAACGUUGCAUUGGAUGGUAGUGAUAGUAGUGAUGGUGGUAAUGGUAAUAAUGCUAAAUACAAUGGCAAUGAUUCAGCUAGAAACAACAACAGCAGCAGUUGCAAUGGUAAACAAAACAAAGAUGAUACAAAUAUCAAUGUAAACAAUGAAACACUUCCAACGGUACUCAAAGUUAAUCUCUAUGGAUCCAAUGAAUUAAUCGUCUCUAUCAACUCACACAACGGAAAAUAUAUUAUAUCACCAAAUCAUCUAUUGUCAAAUGAUUUACAAAUACAAAUGGAAUAUAGAUUAAAUAAAAACUAUCAAGAGAUAACUAAUAUUGUGAAUCAAUUGAAAUUAAAGUCAUUGCUAUCUUGCUUUGAAGAAUCAUCUUUGUUUUUAAAGUUGGAAUGUUUCUACAAGAUACCAUUAACACUGGAUUUGUUUGCCGAUAACAACUAUAUAUGCAUUAGACUGCCGAAAGAUAGAGAUAUAUACUAUCUUAUUAUCACUGUAAAUAUAACUACAUUUCAACCAUCAUUUCAUUUGGCAACUAUAAAAUCAAACUCACAAUCGUCGAUUAUGCAACAUUCAUCUACCUCAAAGAUAGAGAGCAAUAGUUUGAAUCAAUUCAUUAGUAUGCUUGAUGACUAUGUAAUGUUGAAAAAGGACAACAACAAAAACAAAGACAAUCUAAAGAUGAUAAAAAAGAAUAAGAACAAACAGAUAAAAGCCGAUAAUAAUGAUAAUAAAGAAGUGGGAAAAGAUGGUCACUUUCAAUAUCACCGAUAUCUCUUGGAACUAUUGACAAGAGUUGUCAAUACCACUAAAAAGAGAAUAUCGGUGCGAUCCGCCAUUGAGGUGCUGACUUCACACGACCAGACAUUCAAGCAUGACACCAACCUCGAUAUCAUCACCUUUUUCCACUCGACACCAAACCCAUUCAUACAGGUGGCCGAUCAAACAAUGACCUUGUCACUGGCCAAAGACAACAACACAUGCACCAUCACAUUCAAUGAAUCGAACCUACACCAACACUACCAAUUUACACCACCAAUCAUCACCAACCCAACCAAUCCGCCACACUAUCACUUUGAAGAUGGUCAAUGGUCAUUCACCUACAACACUUCAAUAGACUGGUUGAAAGAGUUUAAAAACGAUUUGUUUAUCAUCAACAAGACUAUACAAUUGUCGGUGGUUAUCAAUCAUUUCUUUAACUCUAUUGCCAAACCAGAGAUUACCAACUACCUUCAAAUUCAAGCAUUCAAACCAAUGGAAAUAGAAUUAUCUUGUUCAAAAACUAGUGCAUCAAGAUCGACUAUUAAAAUAUUUAUAGAUAGAACACACCGAAAGUACUCAAUUGACUACCAACCACACCCAAAUCCGUUUCUGUCGCUGUUAGAGCGCCAGUUGAAUGAGAUACCGAUUGCCAACACUAUAACAUCGACCACCUACAAUCACCUCACCAACCUCAAUCAUAUAACAAGCAUAAACAACAGCAUUGAACAACUAUUCAAAUCAAUUGUUAUCACCAACGAUAUUAUUUAUUCAAUUCACUCGAUUAUCACCUCUGAUACUCCCCAAUACUUCCUACCACUCGAAAUAAUGAUCAUACCAAGAUCUACAACUCAACUACGUUUAGUCUAUAAGAAUACCUAUGGUAUUGAUAUUAGAGCUAUAUCUGCUGAACACUGUUCGGUUGAAGAUGCAUUCUACUCGAUGCAAGCAGUAGGAUCAAUAUCAAUAUCAAAACACUUCCAAAGUGUAUUAAAACCAGAAUUACCUACAAUGUCAUUCAAAUUCGAAACAGAAUCAGUCAUCUAUCAAAUAGCAGUAAGAGACUUUUCAACAUUUGAAUUAGAUACAUUCAGUAGUAAGUGUGGUGAUGCUAGAGCUCCUGCUGCACUCUACCUCUUUGCAACGAGCAUUGUCGGUCAUGUCGAUAGACUAAGAGGUACAGAAAUACCAACAUCAUCAUCUUCAUCAUCAUCAUCAUCAUCAUCAAUACCAACAACAACAUUAACAUCAUCAAAUUCAACAACAUCAACAACAAACAAACAAUAA